AUGAAGGGUUUGACACAAUACAAAGACCAUCUCGAUCGUGUGAUGAUAACAGUUGAGGUCGUUCUUACCGAUUCGAAAAGUCGAGCAGGUAUCCCCUUGAUAAUUGCGAGCAAAACAUUUGUAAGUCAAGGCGGCUCAACGCAAACAAUUGAAAGAUCAAUGACAAAAUCUUUUCGCCGUCUCGAUCGUGUGUUGAUAACAGUUGAGGUCGUCCUCACCGACUUGAGCAGUCGAGUACUCGACAUGCAGCUACUUCUUGUACAAGACAAAAAUAUGACGUCUGUUAGAAAUAAUAUAGCAGUCGAGGGAGAUAUAUCGAACCGUCCAGCUAAUUGUUUCAUUGACAGGGCACCUAGAGAGGAAUUUAUUAGAGUGUACGGAGAUUAUAAUGCCUUAAGGAAGCUGUGCCAAAUUGGGAUUGAAAGCAUCUGUCCUCCAGUCCAGAGGGACACAUUUAUAAGAAUGAUGAUAUUAAUGGUGAUUUCUCUGCGUCGUCUUUGCAAAGGUACCAAAGUUCGGAACUAG